AUGUCAAUUGCUACCGUUAAAGGGAGACCUGGGAGGUUUCGUUUGAACAAGACAGUAUGUCGUCUUCCAAGAUCUAUGCCACUAGAGAUCGUCACCGAUCCAUCGAAUGGAUACCUUGUGGAUGACUUCUGCGCAUUUGGAGUGGAGGUAUUUGUUAUUGAGAGCUCGGGCGUCGGCGAAUGUUUGAUGCUUGAUGGAGAGAGUGUUCCAUAUGCGCAUGAAUGGAAGGCAUCCGCUUCUCAUGCACGGUUGAGGUGCGCUGCUGUAAGCAUUCAUUGUCAGCGAUGUGAAAUGGAUAUGGGAGCUAUAUCUAGGGGUCUGUCCGCGAGAAAUGGAAACAAAAACCUUUCGCUUUUUCCUUGUUUAGCAGAUCCAGAUGAACUAGAUCCUAGGCGGAAAAUUAACGCAAGCUACACCUUUGGGUUAAAAGGCCAAGGUGGUGCUGUGCAUCAGCAGACAGAAGUAAACCACCGAUCUGAGUAG